AUUUGGUUCAUUUGACUUGUACAUCUUCUAAAACAGCAAGAGAAGAUUUAGAAGCAGUUGUGGAGAAAUUGUUUACUCCAUAUACAGAAACAGGGAUAGAAAAUGAAGAAGUUGAAAAGCCAAGAAUUCUGUGGGCUCUCUAUUUCAAUAUGAGAGAUUCUUCCGACAUCAACAGGAACUGUUAUAAUGAUUUACCAUCCAAUGUUUAUGUCUGCUCUGGACCAGAUGGUGGUUUAGGAAAUGAUAAUGCAGUCAAACAGGCUGAAACAAUUUUCCAGAGUAUAUGCCCCAAUGAAGACUUCUGUCCACCCCCACCAAAUCCUGAAGAUAUUGUCCUUGAUGGAGACAGUUCACAACCAGAGUCUUCAGAAUCCAGUACCAUUCUAGAAGCCAACUCAGAGACUCCCGCAGAAAGCACAACCCUGGGAAACCCAGAGGAGACCUCUGAAUAAAGGCUAUAUACCAAACUCAAUACUCCACUUUGGAAGUUCCCAUGGGCUCCACAAUCUUCUUGAUGUAAAAAAAACUUUUAGAAGUCAGCAGCCAGUUGACAUGCAGAAUUAUAAGAAGCAACAGGUCAAAGAAAUCCAUAAGGGAAUUUUCCUUAAAAGAGGACAUUCCAGUAACACAAAGCACUUAUAAAGCACAUUGACUUACUUGCCUAUUUUAAAUACAAAAACCUAUGAAAUUAACCAGAUAAAAAUUAUAAAUGAACUGAUUCCUGGGAAUAUAACUAUGGAUUUAAAAGUAAUCCUAUGCAUUGUUAAUAAUUUUGUGGUGUUAGGACAACUUCUUUUUGCCACUUUGGAUCAUUUUUAAAAGCUACACCUUCAGAAUCAGCUCACAUAUCUCCUUUGAUUAUUUAUUAAAAUUACAGAUAUGAGCAUAUGAGAAAACAUAAAAGCAUAUGUAAAUUCAGUGGAGAAAAACUGAAGCAUCAAGAUCCAGGCCGAAGUAUGUGUUUGGAAUAAAAGUUUGUUUUCUGUGUUGACAACAAUAUAAAAUGCCAAUAUUAAGAUAUUUAGGCACUUUUACAGACAAACCUAAAGUCCAUUACUCAGUAAUGUUUUAAAAUACUAGUAAUAAUAUUUAUAUGUGAAUCUUCUACACACUGGAAAAAGCUCAAUCAUGAAGUAUUGAAAGAAUGAAAGAAAAGGUUUAGAUAGGAUCCCUGAUAUUUGGAAAUUCUAUGGCAUCAAGUAACUGGAACACUAUCCUAAUUGUCUACAGACCUAAUUUAGUCAGAGCUGUGCUACUGAUAUUAGGCAAAUUGUUUUAUCUUCUGAAACUGUUUCUCAAUAUGUAAAGAAGAAACAAUAAUCUGCCUACUGUGUGACAGUGAUUAUGAAGAUGAAAGCAAUGCCAUCCUUAGACUGUUUUUUUCUGGAAAAUUUUGUUUCAAAAUUUUCUCAUUGACUUGGGACUGAAUAUCAAAAAACCUUGUGCAGAAAAUAAUUGCUUGUCAUAAAAAUAGAUCAUGUUUUUGUAUUAAGCUUUUUAAAUGAAUAUUUGUGUCUGAAAUUAGUAUUUAGUAGUCUUUAUAGACCAGUAAACAUAGUAACACAUGGAUUUCUAAUUUUGAAAUAUAAGUAAGGCAAACACUCUGUAAAUUCUUCAUAUUCCUUUUCUGAUAGGUAGGCCUGAAACCAUAAAGGUCUCUGAAUAGAGUGUAACAUUUGGUAAACCCUAAUACACACUCCAAAUAAAUAUGAGAGUG